AUGGACGGUAAAACCUUAAAUUCGUUGAAUACGCAGGGCAGACUGCCACGCCGAAAUCAUGCAGCGAAAAACUCCGCUUGCGAUACUUAUCAAGUGUUUGAAAUGACACAACCGGAUUCUGGUUCAUUCGCGGAAUUUUUAAUCGUUGCUUUUAUUGUUACAGGAGCGAACGGCCUCAGGAGACGAGGAAGACAAACCUACACAAGAUAUCAAACGCUAGAAUUAGAGAAAGAGUUCCACACGAACCACUACCUUACGCGGAGGAGACGCAUAGAGAUGGCGCACGCGUUGUGCCUCACGGAGAGGCAAAUCAAAAUAUGGUUCCAGAACCGAAGGAUGAAGUUAAAGAAAGAGAUCCAGGCUAUAAAGGAGUUGAACGAGCAGGAGAAACAGGCGCAGGCGCAGAAGGCGGCGGCGGCUGCUGCGGCGGCCGCGGCUGCUGCCCAGGGACACCCCGAACAUUAA